UUUCAAAUGUGGAGGGUAUAGUAGUAAUACACGAUGGAAUCUAAAAAGGUUAUUUCCAAUAUAUAAAUGUACCCUAAAAAACUCUCUCUUUCUAUAUCGUUUCUCUCAGUUUCCUCAGGAAAAGAAAAAAAAAAUGAGUUGUUAUGAGGAAGAAGAUGAAGAAUCAGGAGUAGUAGGAUUAAGAAGAUCAUCAUCAUCAUCAAGAACAGGAAGAGGAAAGAUUGAAAUAAAGAGAAUUGAAAAUACAACAAAUCGUCAAGUUACUUUCUGUAAACGAAGAAAUGGUUUGCUUAAGAAAGCUUAUGAACUCUCUGUCCUUUGUGAUGCUGAGGUUGCUCUUAUCGUCUUCUCCUCCCGUGGUCGUCUCUAUGAAUACGCUAACAACAGUGUUAGGGCUACGAUUUCGAGGUACAAAAAGGCAUAUUCGGAUCCCUCCACCGCCAUGACCGUUUCAGAAGCCAAUACUCAGUUCUACCAGCAAGAAUCUGCCAAAUUACGAGCUCAAAUCGGAAAUUUGCAAAACCUAAACAGGCAUUUGUUGGGGGAAUCCAUCAGUUCGUUAUCAGUUAAAGAUUUGAAAAGCCUAGAGGUGAAAUUGGAGAAAGGAAUUAGCCGAAUUCGAUCCAGAAAGAAUGAGCUUCUGUUUUCGGAGAUUGAAUACAUGCAAAAAAGGGAAAUUGAACUGCACACUAACAACCAGCUGAUACGUGCAAAGAUAGCCGAGACAGAGAGAAGCCAACAAAACACAAAUGCAAGUAAUAACAAUGGAAUAGCAACAAGAAGAGGAGAGGAAGGAUCAAUGGGUACAAAUUUAGAGGACAACAAUCAUCAUCAAUAUGACUCAACAAACUACUUUGAUCCCCAUCAUAAUCACCCUAUCUCUCUUCAACUUGUGUAAGUAAGUCCAUUUCUUCUUUAUAUAUAUAUGUUUUAUAUAUAUAUAUAUAGAUAAACUAUAUUUUAAAAAGGAUGGGCAUGCAUGGGCAUAUAAUUAUUAGUAAUUAAGCAAUAUAAUGUUGGAUGUUUGUUUGUUAUUGUAGCCCUUUGUAUUUUUCAAAUAUAUAUUUUGUGAAAAGAAUGUGCUUCAUUUUCCAUGUUUC